AUGCAGCAGCAGCCACCAGCGCAUCCCUCAUGCGAGAAGUACAUCAAAGGAUUUCUCAAACCUUUCUUAGGCCUCGCGCUUGCGCUUUUGCUAUUCGCCUUUCUCCCACCCACAAGCUCGUGCUCGGAGCAGGAGAGGAGCUCCCUCCUUCAGUUCCUCACUGGGCUCUCGCAGGACGGCGGCCUCGCUUUGUCGUGGCAGAAUGGCACAGACUGCUGCGCAUGGGAAGGGGUAGGCUGCGGCAUGGAUGGGACAGUCACUGAUGUCUCCCUUGCUUCGAAGGGCCUUGAGGGGCACAUCUCAGUGUCCCUGGGUGAGCUCACCGGCCUGCUGCGCCUCAACCUGUCACACAACUUGCUGUCCGGUGGCCUGCCGAUGGAACUGAUGUCGUCCAACAGCAUCGUUGUCCUCGAUGUCAGCUUCAACCGUCUCAAUGGAGGCCUGCGUGAGCUACCUUCAUCAACCCCUCCCCGUCCUCUGCAGGUACUGAAUAUCUCCACCAACUUGUUUACAGGACAGUUUCCAUCAACUACAUGGGAGGUGAUGACCAGUUUGGUUGCACUCAAUGCCAGCAACAAUAGUUUUACCGGACAGAUACCAAGUCAUCUCUGCAGUAGCUCACCAGCCUUAGCUGUAAUUGCACUCUGUUAUAACCAAUUCAGUGGCCUCAUUCCUCCUGGGCUUGGUAACUGCUCCAUGCUCAAGGUGCUCAAGGCUGGCCACAAUGCUCUCAGUGGGUCACUCCCUGAUGAACUCUUCAAUGCUACAUCAUUAGAGUACCUCUCUUUUCCUAACAACGGUUUGCAUGGAAUGCUUGAUAGUGAACACAUUACCAACCUCAGAAAUCUGGCUCACCUUGAUCUUGGAGGUAAUAGGCUAAAUGGAAACAUCCCAGAUUCCAUAGGUCAGCUCAAGAGAUUAGAGGAACUCCAUUUGAACAACAACAUGAUGUCUGGGGAGUUGCCAUCAACUCUAAGCAAUUGCACAAAUCUCAUAACAAUUGACCUCAAGGUCAACAACUUCAGCGGAGAGCUUCAGAAGGUUAACUUCUUCAACCUGCCCAAUCUGAAAACAUUGGAUCUUCUAUACAACAACUUCACCGGCACAGUUCCUGAAAGCAUCUACUCAUGCAGCAAACUGAAUGCAUUGCGGCUUUCGAACAACAACUUACAUGGGCAGCUUUCACCAAGAAUAGCCAAUUUGAAGCAUCUUGUUUUCCUGUCACUAGUUUCCAACAAUUUUACAAAUAUCACAAAUACGCUUCAGAUCCUCAAGAAUUGUAGGAAUCUCACCUCCCUACUUAUUGGAAGCAACUUCAAGGGUGAGGACAUGCCAGAAGAUGAAACAAUUGAUGGUUUUCAGAAUCUUCAGGUUCUUUCAUUGUCUAAUUGCUCAUUGUCUGGGAAAAUACCUCUUUGGCUAUCUGAGCUCAAAAAUUUGCAGGUGCUGCUUUUGCACACAAAUCAACUCAGUGGGCCAAUACCUGCCUGGAUCAAAAGCUUAAAAUCACUUUUCCAUCUAGACAUAUCAAGUAACAAGCUUACAGGGGAAAUACCAACAGCCUUAAUGGAGAUGCCGAUGCUAACAACAGAAAAGACUGCAACCCAUUUGGAUCCAAGAGUAUUUGAGCUACCUGUUUAUAAAAACCCAUCACUCCAGUACCGGAUAACUAGUGCUCUUCCAAAGCUGCUGAAACUUGGUUACAAUAACUUCACUGGUGUGAUUCCCCAAGAGAUAGGUCAGUUGAAAUCACUCGCUGUACUCAAUUUCAGAUCGAACAACUUAUCAGGAAAAAUACCACUGGAACUCUGCAACUUAACAAAUCUGCAAGUGCUAGACUUGUCUAACAACCAUCUCAGCGGUGCAAUCCCAUCAGCAUUGAACAAUCUACACUUCCUCUCUGCAUUGAAUAUUUCUUACAAUAACCUGGAAGGGCCUAUUCCGAACGGAGGCCAAUUCAGUACAUUCUUGAAUAAUAGCUUUGAAGGGAAUCCAAAGUUGUGUGGCCCUAUCCUCCUUCGCAGUUGUAGCUCAGCAGUCGCACCAACAGUCUCAACAAAGCAACACAGUAGGAAAGCUAUUUUUGGGAUUGCAUUUGGUGUGUUCUUUGGAGUUGUUCUUAUUUUGCUUCUGGUAUAUCUCGCUGCCUCAUUCAAGUGUAAAAGUUUGAUAAACAAAAGCAAGACCUGUAAUAACGAAGAUGUAGAAGCAACUUCAUACAUGUCUGAUUCAGAACAGUCAUUAGUGAUAGUGCCAAGAGGAGAAAGCGAAGAAAACAAGCUCAAAUUCGCUGACAUUGUGAAGGCCACAAAUAACUUCCACCAGGGAAACAUCAUAGGCUGUGGAGGCUAUGGUCUAGUCUACAAGGCUAUAUUACCUGAUGGGACCAAGCUGGCCAUCAAGAAGCUUAAUGGUGAAAUGUGGACCAUGGAAAGGGAAUUCAAGGCAGAGGUUGAAGCACUCUCCAUGGCCCAGCACGAGAAUCUUGUGCCACUCUGGGGUUACUGCAUACAGGGAGAUUCAAGGCUCCUCAUAUAUUCCUACAUGGAGAACGGCAACCUGGAUGAUUGGCUUCACAACAUAGAUGACGACGCCAGCACAUUUCUCGAUUGGCCGAUGCGGCUCAAAAUUGCACAAGGGGCAAGCCGAGGCCUUUCUUAUAUCCAUGAUGUCUGCAAGCCUCACAUUGUCCACCGUGACAUAAAGUCCAGUAACAUCCUACUUGACAAAGAAUUCAAGGCUUAUGUUGCAGAUUUUGGGCUCUCAAGAUUAGUCCUUGCAAACAAAACUCAUGUCACGACUGAGCUAGUUGGCACUCUGGGCUACAUCCCACCUGAGUAUGGGCAAGGAUGGGUUGCGACGUUGAGAGGUGAUAUGUACAGUUUUGGAGUAGUUCUACUUGAGCUGCUCACAGGAAGGCGACCUGUUACGGGCUUGUCUUUAUCAAAAGAACUUGUAAAGUGGGUGCAGGAGAUGAAAUCAGAAGGGAAGCAGAUUGAGGUCCUCGAUCCACAUAUACGAGGCAUGGGGCAUGACGAGCAAAUGCUGAAGGUUCUUGAAAUUGCCUGCAGGUGUGUCGACCAUAAUGCGUGCAUGAGGCCAACCGUACUGGAAGUAGUCUCAUGCCUUGACAGUAUAGACCCCAACCUCAGGAUGCAAAAUUCAGUUAGGAUAUAA